GCUACCUGCCUCCCCUUACACUCAGGACAGUAGUGAGACAGGACAGUAGUGAGAACAGGUGGGUCUAGACAGUACAGUAGUGAGAACAGGUGGGUCUAGACAGGACAGUAGUGAGAACAGGUGGGUCUAGACAGGACAGUAGUGAGAACAGGUGGGUCUAGACAGGACAGUAGUGAGACAGGACAGUAGUGAGAACAGGUGGGUCUAGACAGGACAGUAGUGAGAACAGGUGGGUCUAGACAGGACAGUAGUGAGAACAGGUGGGUCUAGACAGGACAGUGGUGAGAACAGGUGGGUCUAGACAGGACAGUAGUGAGAACAGGUGGGUCUAGACAGGACAGUAGUGAGAACAGGUGGGUCUAGACAGGACAGUAGUGAGAACAGGUGGGUCUAGACAGGACAGUAGUGAGAACAGGUGGGUCUAGACAGGACAGUAGUGAGAACAGGUGGGUCUAGACAGGACAGUAGUGAGAACAGGUGGGUCUAGACAGGACAGUAGUGAGAACAGGUGGGUCUAGACAGGACAGUAGUGAGAACAGGUGGGUCUAGACAGGACAGUAGUGAGAACAGGUGGGUCUAGACAGGACAGUAGUGAGAACAGGUGGGUCUAGACAGGACAGUAGUGAGAACAGGUGGGUCUAGACAGGACAGUAGUGAGAACAGGUGGGUCUAGACAGGACAGUAGUGAGAACAGGUGGGUCUAGACAGGACAGUGGUGAGAACAGGUGGGUCUAGACAGGACAGUAGUGAGAACAGGUGGGUCUAGACAGGACAGUAGUGAGAACAGGUGGGUCUAGACAGGACAGUAGUGAGACCAGGUGGGUCUAGACAGGACAGUAGUGAGACAGGACAGUAGUGAGAACAGGUGGGUCUAGACAGGACAGUAGUGAGAACAGGUGGGUCUAGACAGGACAGUAGUGAGAACAGGUGGGUCUAGACAGGACAGUAGUGAGAACAGGUGGGUCUAGACAGGACAGUAGUGAGAACAGGUGGGUCUAGACAGGAGUGAUGUACACAUAUUUAGCAGAUGUUAUUGCGAGUGUAGUGAAAUGCUUGUGUUGUUGAUGUUUGUGUGCCUCUGUGUGUUGUCUUUUCUUUUUUUUUUUACUCAGAGCCAUGUUCUGCAGUAACUUGUCAUGUCUAUUCCUCAGGGCCAUGUUCUGCAGUAACUUGUCAUGUCUGUUCCUCAGGGCCAUGUUCUGCAGUAACUUGUCAUGUCUAUUUCUCAGGGCCAUGUUCUGCAGUAACUUGUCAUGUCUGUUCCUCAGGGCCAUGUUCUGCAGUAACUUGUCAUGUCUAUUCCUCAGGGCCAUGUUCUGCAGUAACUCAGGGCCAUGUUCUGCAGUAACUUGGCAUGUCUGUUCCUCAGGGCCAUGUUCUGCAGUAACUUGUCAUGUCUGUUCCUCAGGGCCAUGUUCUGCAGUAACUUGUCAUGUCUAUUCCUUAGGGCCAUGUUCUGCAGUAACUCAGGGCCAUGUUAUGCAGUAACUUGUCAUGUCUAUUCCUCAGGGCCAUGUUCUGUAGUAACUUGUCAUGUCAGUUCCUCAGGGCCAUGUUCUGCAGUAACUCAGGGCCAUGUUCUGCAGUAACUUGUCAUGUCUAUUCCUCAGGGCCAUGUUCUGCAGUAACUUGUCAUGUCUGUUCCUCAGGGCCAUGUUCUGCAGUAACUCAGGGCCAUGUUCUGCAGUAACUUGUCAUGUCUAUUCCUCAGGGCCAUGUUCUGCAGUAACUCAGGGCCAUGUUCUGCAGUAACUCAGGGCCAUGUUCUGCAGUAACUCAGGGCCAUGUUCUGCAGUAACUCAGGGCCAUGUUCUGCAGUAACUUGUCAUGUCUAUUCCUCAGGGCCAUGUUCUGCAGUAACUCAGGGCCAUGUUCUGCAGUAACUUGUCAUGUCUAUUCCUCAGGGCCAUGUUCUGCAGUAACUUGUCAUGUCUAUUCCUCAGGGCCAUGUUCUGCAGUAACUCAGGGCCAUGUUCUGCAGUAACUCAGAGCCAUGUUCUGCAGUAACUUGUCAUGUCUAUUCCUCAGGGCCAUGUUCUGCAGUAACUUGUCAUGUCUGUUCCUCAGGGCCAUGUUCUGCAGUAACUCAGGGCCAUGUUCUGCAGUAACUUGUCAUGUCUAUUCCUCAGGGCCAUGUUCUGCAGUAACUCAGGGCCAUGUUCUGCAGUAACUCAGGGCCAUGUUCUGCAGUAACUCAGGGCCAUGUUCUGCAGUAACUCAGGGCCAUGUUCUGCAGUAACUCAGGGCCAUGUUCUGCAGUAACUUGUCAUGUCUAUUCCUCAGGGCCAUGUUCUGCAGUAACUCAGGGCCAUGUUCUGCAGUAACUUGUCAUGUCUAUUCCUCAGGGCCAUGUUCUGCAGUAACUUGUCAUGUCUAUUCCUCAGGGCCAUGUUCUGCAGUAACUCAGGGCCAUGUUCUGCAGUAACUCAGAGCCAUGUUCUGCAGUAACUUGUCAUGUCUAUUCCUCAGGGCCAUGUUCUGCAGUAACUUGUCAUGUCUGUUCCUCAGGGCCAUGUUCUGCAGUAACUCAGGGCCAUGUUCUGCAGUAACUUGUCAUGUCUAUUCCUCAGGGCCAUGUUCAGCAGUAACUCAGGGCCAUGUUCUGCAGUAACUCAGAGCCAUGUUCUGCAGUAACUUGUCAUGUCUAUUCCUCAGGGCCAUGUUCUGCAGUAACUUGUCAUGUCUAUUCCUCAGGGCCAUGUUCUGCAGUAACUCAGGGCCAUGUUCUGCAGUAACUUGUCAUGUCUAUUCCUCAGGGCCAUGUUCUGCAGUAACUCAGGGCCAUGUUAUGCAGUAACUUGUCAUGUCUAUUCCUCAGGGCCAUGUUCUGUAGUAACUUGUCAUGUCUAUUCCUCAGGGCCAUGUUCUGCAGUAACUCAGGGCCAUGUUCUGCAGUAACUUGUCAUGUCUAUUCCUCAGGGCCAUGUUCUGCAGUAACUCAGGGCCAUGUUCUGCAGUAACUCAGAGCCAUGUUCUGCAGUAACUUGUCAUGUCUAUUCCUCAGGGCCAUGUUCUGCAGUAACUCAGGGCCAUGUUCUGCAGUAACUCAGGGCCAUGUUCUGCAGUAACUCAGGGCCAUGUUCUGCAGUAACUUGUCAUGUCUAUUCCUCAGGGCCAUGUUCUGCAGUAACUCAGGGCCAUGUUCUGCAGUAACUUGUCAUGUCUAUUCCUCAGGGCCAUGUUCUGCAGUAACUUGUCAUGUCUAUUCCUCAGGGCCAUGUUCUGCAGUAACUCAGGGCCAUGUUCUGCAGUAACUCAGAGCCAUGUUCUGCAGUAACUUGUCAUGUCUAUUCCUCAGGGCCAUGUUCUGCAGUAACUUGUCAUGUCUGUUCCUCAGGGCCAUGUUCUGCAGUAACUCAGGGCCAUGUUCUGCAGUAACUUGUCAUGUCUAUUCCUCAGGGCCAUGUUCUGCAGUAACUCAGGGCCAUGUUCUGCAGUAACUCAGAGCCAUGUUCUGCAGUAACUUGUCAUGUCUAUUCCUCAGGGCCAUGUUCUGCAGUAACUUGUCAUGUCUGUUCCUCAGGGCCAUGUUCUGCAGUAACUUGUCAUGUCUAUUCCUCAGGGCCAUGUUCUGCAGUAACUCAGGGCCAUGUUCUGCAGUAACUUGUCAUGUCUGUUCCUCAGGGCCAUGUUCUGCAGUAACUUGUCAUGUCUAUUCCUCAGGGCCAUGUUCUGCAGUAACUCAGGGCCAUGUUCUGCAGUAACUUGUCAUGUCUAUUCCUCAGGGCCAUGUUCUGCAGUAACUCAGGGCCAUGUUAUGCAGUAACUUGUCAUGUCUAUUCCUCAGGGCCAUGUUCUGUAGUAACUUGUCAUGUCUAUUCCUCAGGGCCAUGUUCUGCAGUAACUCAGGGCCAUGUUCUGCAGUAACUUGUCAUGUCUGUUCCUCAGGGCCAUGUUCUGCAGUAACUCAGGGCCAUGUUCUGCAGUAACUUGUCAAGUCUAUUCCUCAGGGCCAUGUUCUGCAGUAACUUGUCAUGUCUAUUCCUCAGGGCCAUGUUCUGCAGUAACUUGUCAUGUCUAUUCCUCAGGGCCAUGUUCUGCAGUAACUUGUCAUGUCUAUUCCUCAGGGCCAUGUUCUGCAGUAACUUGUCAUGUCUAUUCCUCAGGGCCAUAUUCUGCAGUAACUUGUCAUGUCUAUUCCUCAGGGCCAUGUUCUGCAGUAACUCAGGGCCAUGUUCUGCAGUAACUUGUCAUGUCUAUUCCUCAGGGCCAUGUUCUGCAGUAACUCAGGGCCAUGUUAUGCAGUAACUUGUCAUGUCUAUUCCUCAGGGCCAUGUUCUGUAGUAACUUGUCAUGUCUAUUCCUCAGGGCCAUGUUCUGCAGUAACUCACGGCCAUGUUCUGCAGUAACUUGUCAUGUCUGUUCCUCAGGGCCAUGUUCUGCAGUAACUCAGGGCCAUGUUCUGCAGUAACUUGUCAAGUCUAUUCCUCAGGGCCAUGUUCUGCAGUAACUUGUCAUGUCUAUUCCUCAGGGCCAUGUUCUGCAGUAACUUGUCAUGUCUAUUCCUCAGGGCCAUGUUCUGCAGUAACUUGUCAUGUCUAUUCCUCAGGGCCAUGUUCUGCAGUAACUUGUCAUGUCUAUUCCUCAGGGCCAUAUUCUGCAGUAACUUGUCAUGUAUAUUCCUCAGGGCCAUGUUCUGCAGUAACUUUGUAGAGAGCAGACAGGGGCGUGUGGAUCUGAAGGGUAUCUCCCCUGACGUGCUCAGUGGCAUAGUGGACUAUGUGUAUACAGGAGCCAUCACCAUCAGCAUGGACAUAGUGCUGCCUCUAAUGCAGGCUGCCUCUAUGCUGCACUAUGGACGGCUGUUUGAGGCCUGCUCCACCUUCCUUCAGGAGCAGCUGAGCCCAGACAACUGUCUCAGUAUGAUCAGGUUGUCUGAGAUCCUCCACUGUGACAGUCUGAAGGAGAAGGCUAAGGAGAUGGCCGUGAGGAGCUUCUCAGACGUAGCUGCCUCCGAAGACUUCUGUGAGCUCUCCUUACCGGAGCUUAUGUGUUACCUGGAGGAUGACCGACUGUGUGCAGAGGAGGAGCAGGUGUUUGAGACCCUCCUGGCGUGGAUCCACCACGACCCAUUCUCCCGUCGCGGCGCCAUCCACGACCUCUUCAAGAAGGUGCGCCUGCGCUACAUCCACCCCACCUACCUGUUCCAGUUCAUCGCCAACGACCCGCUAGUGCAGUCCUCCACGCUCUGCACUGAGAUCAUUGAGUCUGUCCGUCGCCUCAUGCUCUCGGUCAGUGCCAAGUGCGGUCGUGAGCUGAAGCCCCUCUGGACCACACCGCGCCGCUACACCUGCCGAGAGACGCUCGUUGUGGUCGGCGGGCGCAAGAAUAAUGAGCAGACAUCCCGGGAAGCCCUGCUCUAUGAUGAGAGGACACAGCGCUGGCAGUGGCUGGCCAAGCUGCCCCUGCGACUCUACAAGGCCUCCUACGUCUGUAUCCACAGCAUCCUGUAUGUGGUGGGGGGGCUAAGCCUCAGCAUGGCCUCAGGAGACAGCUCUGUGUCUGCCACCGUCUACACCCUCUCCCUCAAGACCAACCAGUGGAGGACGGCUGAGCCCAUGUUGGAGCCACGCUACGCCCAUCAGAGUGUCUCGUAUCUCCACUUCAUCUUUGUCCUGGGGGGGAUCGGAGUUGACAAACAGAUCUCCAACUCCGUGGAGAGGUACAACAGUAUGUUUAACCAAUGGGAGGCCAUGGCUCCUCUCCCCAGCGCCGUGCUGCACCCCGCCGUCGCCGCCAACGACCAGAGGGUCUAUGUGUUCGGAGGGGAGGACGCCAUGCAGAACCCUGUCAGGGAGAUACAGGUGUACCACAUCUCCAGGAACCUGUGGUCCAGAUUGGAAACCAGGACAGUGAAGAACGUCUGUGCACCUGCUGCUGUCAUCGAAGAUAAGAUCUACAUCAUUGGAGGGUACACGAGACGGAUGAUCGCCUACGACACCAAAGCCAACAAGUUUGUAAAGUGUGAGAACCUGAAGGAGAGGCGAAUGCACCACAGCGCCACGGUCAUCAACAACAAGCUGUACGUGACGGGGGGGCGCUUCCUGAACGGGCACGACACCAUCGAGGACUCGGACUGCUUCGAGUGUUACGACCCCAAGACGGACGUGUGGACCUCCAAGGGGACGCUGCCAUACAAACUGUUCGACCACGGCUCCCUGCCUCUGGUCUGUGUCUCCAACAGACCCAACCCCCCCUGAGUGACCCACAACAUCUUAUCAACAUCAUCUGGUCGUCUGGAGUUUAACAGUAGGGUGAACAGUGGGACUGACUUCUACAGCUGCCUCUCUGUCCCCCAUUACAGAUACAAUGUCCUCCACUCCUCCAGUCCGUUGUCACAUUUGAGCUGGUCCACAAACUGUAUAUGAUCUCUCUGAUGAGUGACCCACAACAUCCCCAAAAUUCCUUGGACUCCUAGCCUAGCCGGCUCCUAACCUAAUCUAGCUAGCUACCUGUCAUGGACUCCUAGCCUAGCCGGCUCCUAACCUAUUCUAACUAGCUACCUGUCAUGGACUCCUAGCCUAGCAGGCUCCUAACCUAAUAUAGCUAGCUACCUGUCAUGUUACUCCUUCACAGCAGUUAUAAUUGGACACCACAGCUGGGAUCGGAAACCAUCUGAACAGACAGACGUUGGUCUCUUCUCUCACACAGUCACAGGACGUCAACACACGCCUCAGACAUGGUCUUGAUGCUAGCAUCUGUGGCGUUCUAAAUCAAAACCUGAGAUCUUAGCUGGCAGGCAGAGGUGUCACAUUGGCCCCAGGGAGGGAGGGAGGGAGAUUGGAGGACAGAGUCUCCACACUCCUCCAAGGGUAAAUCUGAAAUUACACCCUAUUCCCUAUACAGUUCACGACUACUGGUCAGAACCGGUUUACUACAUAGGGAAUAGGGUAGGCUCUGGUCAGAACUAGUUUACUACAUAGGGAAUAGGGUAGGCUCUGGUCAGAACUAGUUUACUACAUAGGGAAUAGGGUAGGCUCUGGUCAAGACAAGGGAAUAGGGUGCCAUUUCAGACCAACGCUCCCCUACCCAAACUAAGUCCACAUAACACUGAUUGAAGCCCUGUAACAGAGCUGGAUGAUAUGGCCAUAAAUUGCCUGAAUUGAUAUAAUAACGAUAAAGAAUAAGGAUCCGUCUCUAACACAGUUUCUAGUAUCAAUGUGCACCACAGUUUCUAACAAUGUGCACCACAGUUUCGAGUAUUAAUGUACACCACAGUUUAUAUUAAUGAAUGUGCACCACAGUUUCUAGUAUCAAUGUGCACCACAGUUUCUAGUAUCAAUGUGCACCACAGUUUCUAGUAUCAAUGUGCACCACAGUUUCUAGUAUUAAUGUACACCACAGUUUAUAUUAAUGAAUGUGCACCACAGUUUCUAGUAUCAAUGUGCACCAGUUUCUAGUAUCAAUGUGCACCACAGUUUCUAGUAUCAAUGUGCACCACAGUUUCUAGUAUCAAUGUGCACCACAGUUUCUAG